GAGAGAGCCGAGACGCCGUCAGCCUCAAGUCUCUCGCGGAGGUCCUCCCACCUCCUUCGAACAAGCCCAGCUGGCCCGGCCCGUCUCAAAGAAGGAGGGAGGGCUGGAGCUCAUUUGAAUGAGCGGACGAGGGGCGGCCGCCUUCACUCUGCCCGGAGAGAGUGCAACUCAGCUUCGGAGAGUAGCGCGUCGAUACCCGGACUGGAGAGCCCAACGAGCGGAUACAAUUUGCUUCCAAACCCGGCGCGGCUGCCAACGGACACUUGAGUCCGGUUGACCCUUUCUCAGCACUCCCGUGCUUUUGUGACCAUGUGUCGCCGCGUUACAUAGACUCUUUUGCGGGUUGUGCUUCGGAGCGGGGACAGGUGCUGGUGGGGGACCACCGCGGACACGCGCUCACAACCCCCCGCCCCUGGUGGAUGUCAGGCCGGCGUGCGGGCUCCGGACUCGGCGUAGACAGGUGCGACGGGGAGGAGUAGUUUGGAGCCGAACUGCCUUGGCUUUUUACACGGAUUUUUUUUUUUUUUUCAACAAAGCGGAGCGCAUCCUUGAACAACUCCCAGAAUUUUCUUCCACUCAGACUAAUUAAGGUUGUUGCUGGCCCGUUGACCUGUGUGAAAGCUGCAAGCUGUCAGAAGCACUUAGGCAGUCUGUUUCGUCCGCAAGGUGAAGGGAACGGCACCUCGGGCCGCCGCUAAUAGGCUUCACUUCUCCGGCCGGAGGACGCCGAGACUCGAGCGGCCUCUCCGCGGUGAUGCUGCAUAUGAAGAUGGCGCCCUCAUAACAGCCCGGUCGCUCAAUCUGAAAAGUUUGAGAACUCUUGGUGUACGAAGUGAAAACUUGGACUGUGUUGCUGUAUCCUUCCAACGGACGUGGUGUGCCCCCCUCUCAACGGAUCUGCAAUUCUGUUGCCAUGGCGACGGCGGCCCCUCCCUCUCUCCUCCUGCUCUGCUGGCUGCUCCGAACAGCCUGCUCGGCGUUCCCCGAGGAGCCUGGCCCUUUAAACUUCAUCCCCACUGAAGUGUCAAGACGCUAUCCGGUGUUUCUGGGCCGACCGCACCCCACGUGGCAGAGACAAGAGCCUCUCCACAUCCAGAGGGUCAUCCAAGUCAACCGAACACUCUACAUCGGAGCCAGAGAUGACCUUUUCCGUGUGGAACUGGACUUCGCCGUUGCAGAUGAGAUGUUCUACAGCAAGAAAAGAACAUGGGAGUCCAAUAAGAACGAUAUCCGGAUCUGCAGGAUGAAGGGCAAGCAUGAGGAUGAAUGCCGAAAUUUCAUGAAGGUUCUCCUCAGUAGGCCGGGUGGCUUGUUUGUGUGCGGCACCAACGCCUUCAACCCUCUCUGCGCCAACUACACGGGGGACACUCUGGAAAUGACCGGUGACCCCGUCAGCGGAAUGGCCAGAUGCCCUUACGAUCCCAAACACGCCAACGUCGCUCUGUUCGCAGAGGGAAACCUGUUUACGGCCACCGUGACGGACUUCCUCGCCAUCGACGCGGUCAUCUACCGCAGCCUCGGGGACAGUCCGGCUCUUCGUACCAUCAAACACGACUCCAAGUGGUUCCGAGAGCCUUUCUUUGUCAGCGCUGUGGAGUGGGGACCUCAUAUCUACUUCUUCUUCAGAGAGAUAGCCAUGGAGUUUAAUUACCUGGAAAAGGUGGUGGUACCCCGCGUGGCCCGUGUGUGCAAACGUGACCAGGGCGGCUCUCAGCGUGUCUUGGAGAAGCAGUGGACAUCCUUCCUGAAGGCCCGCCUCAACUGCUCCGUCCCGGGAGAUUCCCACUUCUAUUUCAACAUGCUACACUCCACCAGCCCCAUCAUCAACAUGCACGGACGCGACAUUAUCUUGGGUGUCUUCUCCACGCCCGCUAACAGCAUCCCAGGAUCGGCUGUGUGCGCCUUCGACAUGGAGCUGUUGGCAGCGGUCUUCGACGGGCGCUUCAAAGAGCAGAAGUCACCAGAGUCCAUUUGGACACCUGUUCCUGAUGAAGUCAUUCCCAAGCCAAGACCUGGUGGCUGCGCCAUUCAGGGUUCCAGAUUUAAUUCGUCGAACUCCUUUCCUGAUGAGAUGCUCAACUUUGUCAAGACUCAUCCACUAAUGGAUGAGGCCGUCCCAUCACUCGGACAAAGGCCGUGGAUUGUCAAAACCAUGGUCAGAGGUGCCACAUUGGAUGUAGGUUUAAAAACAAGGUACCAGCUGAAUAAGAUGGUGGUGGACUCGGAGGCCGGACCGCACCGGAACCGAACCGUGCUGUUUUUGGGCUCCAGUCGGGGGACCGUGCUUAAGUUCCUCAUCAUGCCAAACCAGGACAACACGGUCACCAGCAGCAACAUCUUUCUGGAGGAGUUGGAAGGCUUCAACCCUGAAAAGUGCGCCGGUGACUCUCCACAGGCCAGGCAGCUGUUGUCUCUGACUCUGGAUCGAGCUAGUCACACGCUCAUUCUGGCCUUCCCCUCCUGUGUGGUGCGAGUACCUGUGGCUCGCUGCCAGCUCUACUCGCGAUGCAUAAAAAACUGCAUCGCCUCCAGGGACCCGUAUUGCGGUUGGACCCGAGGAAGCACCUGCUCUUUUCUGCGCCCUGGAACCAGGUUGCCCUUUGAACAAGACGUCGAGCAAGGAAAUGUGGCUCACUUGGGCGACUGUGACGGAUUACUCAAAGAGACAUUCAUCAAGGAGCCAGACGGCCUGGUGUCCGUCAACCUGCUGGUAGUGUCGGCCGUUUCGGCCUUUGCCACAGGCGCUCUCUUCUCCGGCCUGGCCGUCUGCUGGAUCAUGAGUCACCGCAACCGCCACGGUCGAGGAGCCGGCGCUAAAGGCGCCCGCCGCAAGAGCGACAAAGAGCAAACCGUGCUCGGGCCAGGCCGAAGCGGCUCGGUCAUGAGCGUGACCAGGACCAGCGGCGGCGACCGGCGCAACUCGCAGGUGGACAACCCAUUCGUCACGAUCAACGGAUGGCCCAAGGGUGACGUGGACCCCGGCUUGCUCCCCACGCCCGAGCAGACCCCGCUGCAGCAGAAACGAGUCAUGCGCCUCCCCGAUGCGGACUGGGAUCAGAGCCAGACCUUCCUCACGCCUGUCGGGACCCCGUGCCCCAACAAUUCGGUCAUCUACCUGAGCUCAAAGUUCCUCCAGGGAGGAGGAAGCAACGGGGGAAUGGUCCGGAUCGACGAGCCGGGUGAGGUUCUGCUACCCCCGCACGCCGAGCGCCAACGCUACCUGAUUCUCUCCGCCCAGCGCGGCGGGCAGGGCAACGGCGGCCGUCCGGCGGGCGCCUUGAGGAGUUCCGCGGGGGAUUACAUCUACCCCUCCACGCCCCAGGAAUCCCCUGACAGACGGCGGGUGGUUUCGGCACCCGCUCCUCACAUGGACUACGGGGAGCCUCGCUGGAGCCACGAGGCGCUCAACUACAAUGGCAACAACGGCGUACCCUACCACGGGCAACGCCAGGGCCUCAUCAGGCCCGAAAUGCACGGCCAUCGAGGAGGACUGGGACCACUGGCCGACUAUAGCCACCUUCUUGUAAAGAGCGAGAGAACCCCUAGUGUCCAGUGAGGCAACCUGAAACCCGACCCAUUCCCUCCUGCCACUGGAAGAAACCAACCGGCCCUCUCCCUCCGAUCCCUUGCUUCCCCCGUUAGUCCUCUCUCACCGUCAUUCAAUGUUCUGACGUCAUUCAGCCGAUCCAAGAGAGAGACGAGAACCCAAACGGGACACUUAUACUAAAACGUGCCCGUUCCUCGGCUGAUUGGCGCCUCCCUCUCGCUCUACCGGUGGUACGGUCCACGGAGCGACGGACCCUGUUAAGGUGAGGUGUAAGGGUGCUCAAGGAAGCAGAAUCGUGGUGCGAAACGACAGCGUGGAGACAAUGAUGGACAAUUUUGACUUUCGGAGGCACAAAGUGAAGGCCUCCCUUUAACGUGGAUUCACUUCAAGUGUAUAUUUUGGUUUGUGCUUUUUGUGCUUUUCUUGCCCCUAGCUUCACCCCCGUUUUGAGGUACUAUAGCUGUACCAGAUGGAUGUGUGUACGUGUGAGUGUGAGUAUUACGGGUUAAACUGAUUUCUCGAAGCUCUACUCCACUAAAGGGUAGAGUUGUCCGAGGCUGAAGGCAAACAGUUGCGUGGAGUUGACAUCAUCAAUUUGGCUACAUUCAGACCGCAGUUUCAAAUGACCCAAAUGCGAUCUUUUUGCCUUCAACUAACUCGACUUUAUGACAGUAUAAACAGAUCAAGUCACAUGGAAUCUGAACUUUUCAAAUCUUACCUACAGUGGUAUGAAAAAGUAUCUGAACCUUUUGGAAUUUCUCAGAUUUCUGCAUAAAAUCACCAUCAAAUGUGAUCUGAUUUUUGUCAAAAUCACACAGAUGAAAAAAGUGUCUUCUGCAACUAAAACCACCCAAACACUUAUAGGUUUUCAUGUUUUAAUAAGGAAAACAUGCAAACAAUGACACAAGGGGAAAAAUAAGUAAGUGAACCCUCUGCCUAAGGAGAUUUAAAGGGCAAUUGAAACCAUUUUUUUACUAGGUUUACUAGGCUUUUUUUUACUGUUGUUGGGUCUAAAAACUCGUUCUUUAACUUAGUUAUUUACCCAAGGCAAGCUGACAAAAGGCAGGGCAUAAAGUGAGACAGAGUCAGAGAGUUGACGUCUUUCAACCUGCAGGUUGGGAGAGCCAACCGCAACCAAUGUCUCAUCGAAGUCUCUCUCUGAGCUCUCCCGUGCUGCUAACUUUUAUUGAGGGCUUGUUGAUGGGCAGAAUACAGUUACAACACUGUUGUCCAACGUGGCAGUAUUCGAGUCAUUGAUUGAACAGUCACACUUCUUGAUUGAAUUAACAGUCACACUCCUGAGCAGGCAAGAUAUCUUUGUUUUGAACACACAUUUGCACUCAAAGUACUGUAGCUUGGUGGAAAAGUACUGAGACGUUGUGUGAUGAAUCAACAUAUGUGUGUGUAUCUAUUUAUCAGCAGAAUGUCAGCAAUCACCGGUAAGCACAUGAUUAUGGGCUAAAACUGUAUUCUUCAUAAUAGCUUGAGAGUGCGUGUAUAAUAGCUGUGGGAGAGCAAACUGGCAUAACAUAUUUGGCAUAUAAAAACAAGCUUACAGCUGUCAAACAAUUAAAAUUUUUAAUCGAGUUAAUCUCAUCUUAAAAAUUAAUUAAUCGUAAUUAAUCACAAUUCAGACCAUCUAUAAAAUAUGCCAUAUUUUUCUGUAAAUUAUUGUUGGAAUGGAAAGAUCAGACACACGAUGGAUAUAUACAUUCAACAUACUGUACAUAAGUACUGUAUUUGUUUAUUAUAACAAUAAAUCAACAAGAUGGUAUUGACAUUAACAUUGUGUUAAAGCGAUCCAUGGAUAGAAAGACUUGUAGUCCUUAAAAGAUAAAUGUUAGUAGAAGUUAAAGAAAUUUUAUAUUAAAACCCCUCUUAAUGUUUUCGUUUUAAUAAAAUUUAUAAAAUUUUCAAUCAAAAAAUAAACUAGUAGCUCGCCAUUGUUGAUGUCAAUAAUUACACAAUGCUCAUGUGCUUAAACCCAUAACAUCAGUCACACCAAAGCGCCAGCAGAGGGAGACAAAAAACACAAGGAACAAGUGGACAUGACACUGCUGUCAUUUUAAUCUGUUUGAGCGGGGCAUGUGCGUUAAUUGCGUCAAAUAUUUUAACGUGAUUAAUUUAAAAAAUUAAUUACCGCCCGUUAACGCGAUAAUUUUGACAGCCUUAAUUUUUACCAAACAAUUUAAGUCAAGUUUGUGCCCAAUCACUGAAGUGUGGUUUAAAGCAGCCCUGCCCACUUUAAAACACACGCCUGGUAAGAAUAGUCUUGAUGAGAAGAAUUGUCUAAUGUGCAUCAUGGCUCGGUCAAAAGAGCUGUCUGAAGACCUGUGAUCAAGGAUUGUUGAUUUGUAUAAAGCUGGGAAAGGUUACAAAACCAUCUCUAAAAGUCUGGAUGUUCAUUAAUCGACAGUCAGAAAAGUUGUCUACAAAUGGAAAGAGUUUGACACUGUUGCUUCUCUCCCAAGGAGUAGCCGUCCACCGACGGGUUCAGCGCAGAAUACUCAGAGAGGUAGAAGAACCCUAGAGUUUCUGCUUAAAGACUGACAGAAAUCACCGUCACAGUCCAAUAUCUCUAUGCACACAUCAACUAUAUGUAAUACUAUGGCCAAGAAUGGCGUUCAUGGGAGGACUCCACGGAGGAAGCCACAGCUGUCUUAAAAAAAAAAAAAAAACAUUGUUGCUCGUUUAAUGUUCACAAAAGGCACUUGGACACUCCACAGAAGUUUUGUAAAAAUAUUUUGUGGACCGAUGAGACCAAAGUUUGAAUUGUUUGGAAGUAACACACAAUGUCAUGUGUGGAGGUAAAAUGGAACAGCUCACCAACAUCAACACCUCAUCCCCACCAUGAAGCAUGGUGAAGGGAGCAUCAUGAUUUGGGGCUGUUUUGCUCCCUCAGGGCCUGGACAACACUAAUGGAAGAAUGAAUUCAAAGGUUUAUCAGAAUGUUUUGCAGGAAAACCUUAGGCCGUCUGACAGACAGUUUAAGCUAAAAAGAGGAUGGAUGCUGAAACAAGACAAUGAUCCAAAACACAGAUGUAAAUAAACUUCAGAAAAAAAUACAUGUUCUGUAGUAGCCAAGUCAAAGUCCAGACUUGAACCCCAUUUAGAUGCAGUGGCAUGACCUAAAGACAGCGAUGCCAGACAUCCCAGGAAUCUGACUGAACUACAGAAUAAGCCAAGAUUAGUCCUGAUCGAUGUGCCAGACCGAUCUGCAGCUACAGGAAGUGUCCGGUUGAAGUUAUUGCUGCCAAAAGGGGAGGGGGGGGCACAAAAUAUAAAAUGUGAUGGUUCACUAACUUAUUUUUUCCCCUUCUGUCAUUGUUUGCAUACUAUCCUCAUUAAAAUAUAAAAACCUAUAAAUGUUUGGAUGGUUUUAGUUAAAGCAGAUGCUGUUUUUUCAUCUGUGUGAUUUUGACAAAGAUCUGAUGAUUGACAAAGAUUUGAUGGUGAUUUUAUGCAGAAAUGUGAGAACUUCCAAAAGGUUCAGAUUCUUUUUCAAACAACUGUAGGUCACUAUCUUUAAUGUGGUUUUGAAUCUGACAAGGGUUCGAUUUUUCAGAAUGUGACUGGUCUGAACAGUCUAGUGACCGGGAAUUGGAAUUCAUGCAGUAAUGUUGAAGAGGCCAGCUAAUAAGUGUUUGGAGGGAUGAAACCAUUCAAAUGGCACUUGAUGCAUCCUGCCCUAGCGGUUAGCUUAAUUUGGUCUUUCUGACUGGAGGCUUGCCUAAAGUAAGUCUCGAGAGAUGCCUUAGAGGGGACACCAAAUAACCUGCCUCCAAUGCCAGAGAAGAAUGAAGAGUCUUAAAGCUAGAUUUAAGGAGGAUUCAAAUCUGUGAAGCGUUCAAGGGAUCCAUGGAUAGGAAGACUUGUAGUUCUUAAAAGAUAAACAUUAUUAUGAGUUAAAAUAAUUUGAUAAUAAAACCCAUGUUUAUGUUUUCGUUUUUAUACAAUUUGUAAAACUAGUUAGUCGGUCGCCAUUGUUGUUGACAUCGCAAGGCGUUGACAUCACUGGGUUACAUAAACAUUUCAUCUGUUCAGCCCUUUCAAUUUGAACCCGAAAGGAACAUUAAUGAGUAUGACAGCACUGUCGAUAUUUCACAAAACGAGCAGCAAAAGCAAAAUGAACGGGAAAGAUGGGAUGAGACGAGAGUAGAACAAAACCAGUGUUCUGACAAAAUGUGCUACAACGGCAAAACAUCUACAAGAGGCAAAUUUGACACCUAAAGUACUACCGUGCGCUUUCAGCUUGUUUUGUUUAGAUACAUACAGACAGAACAUACUAAAGAUGACUUAAGAAAAUACUUAAUAUCAAAUAAGGGUGGUUUAAAUAUGCUAGGUGACUAAUGUGGUCAACAGAUCAGCAAUUUGCUUUAAAGCUACCUCAAGAAAACACAAUGCUUAAAAGUAUGAGAAGGUAACACUUGCAAAAAGUAUUUUGAGGCAAUGAAAAGGUAAUAAAACACUCAAUAAAAAACACAAACAGUAAGUACUCGCCGCUUUUAACCGAUGUGCGCAUGUGUUGGACGUCUCGUCGCGUAGAAGGAAUUGCAGACCACCGGUAGUGUUUGUCUAGUGACAGUGACAAACUACAUCAUCACCCCAAGCGUCCAUUGCAUGCAUAAAACAUGGCGCCCACAUAUUUGCACUCGAGUCCAAGUCACCUGAUUAUGAGGGUCUGCAAAUACCAAAUGCUGAUUUAAUAAUUCGGCAAAAAAGCACAUCCAAAUGUAAAAUAUUUCCAUACUGCAGACAUGAUCUUAUCGUUAAUUUCCCGCAACUGCUACCAGAACGUUCUUCUACCAAAGCUUUUUACAUCCUUUUCCUGUUUUUUUUCCGGCUAUGUUGCUGUUUUUUUCUUUGGGUAACAUCCUUGUAAAUCUGAGUUUUGUUCCUUUUGAAGCGAAAAAAAAAGUCAAGGGUAAGAUGGCUCAAGUCGAAUUUUCUUUUCACUGGUUUUUGAUUCUCUUAAGUGAACAGAAGAUGUUUUGAGUAAACAAUAUAUUUCUAUGUCCUCUUAUCAAAUGAUUACAGAAAAGGGAGCAUCCCUUUCAUGCAUAAACUGGAGCACAGCAACAGAAGAGCAAGGAACAAUUUUGUAUGAUUGUACAUGAUUAUGAACAGAAUUUUUAUGGACAACAUUUUUAGGCGCAGCUGAACCGUCGAAAGGGUCCAGUUUGGUGGCCUCAGCAUUGGGUCUCUGCUUUUUGCAGAUGAUGUGGUGCUGUUGGCUUCAUCAAGCCGUCAUCGUGUUCGAGGGUGAAGCGGUUGGGAUGAAGAUCAGCAACUCCAAAUCUGAGACCAUGGUUCUCAGUUGGAAAAGGGUGGCAUGCCUUCUCUGGGUCAGGGAUGAGAGCCUGCCCCAAGUGAAGGACUUAAGUAUCUUGGAGUCUUGUUCACGAGUGCAGGCAGAAAGGAGCGUGUGAUUGACAGGCAGAUCGGUGCAGGAGACUCUGCACCGGUCCGUAGUGGUGAAGAAGGAGCUGAGCCAAAAGGUAAAGCUCUCGAUUUAUCAGUCGAUCUAUGUUCCUGCCCUCACCUAUAGUUAUGAACUGUGGGUGAUGACGGAAAGAACAACAUCCCGGGUACUAGCGGCCAGAAUGAGUUUCCUCUGCAGGGUGUCCCCCUUAGAUAUAGGGUGAGAAGUCCGGUCAUCUGGGAGAGAUUUAGCCACUACUCCUCUGCGUUGAGAGGAGCCAGCUGAGGUGGCUCGGUCAUCUGGUUCAGAUGCCUCUUGGACACUUCCCUGGAGACGUGCUUUGGCCAUGUCCCACCGUCGGAAGGCCCUGGGGACGACCUAAGACACUCUGGAGAGACUGUCUCUCGGCUGGCCUGGGAACGCCUUGAAUCCCGCCGGAGGAGCUGGUUGAAGUUGCAUUGGGAGAGAGAAGUCUGGGCUUCCCUGCUAAGUCUGUCAGAAUAAGAAUUAAAAAUAUGAGUCAAUACAUCAUUCGACUGUAGGAACCUGACUACCUAUGUAACGGGUACACGUCGGUCCGUAGCGGAGCGUGGAAACCUCCCUUCCGAUUCCUGACGGCUGCGACCUGGGCUCGAGCUUUAUUGCCGCAGACGUCCCAACCUGCCGAGUGGAAGCGUCGUGGGGCGCGGGUUCGCGUCCCGGCCUGGUCAGAGGUGGGGGUGGAUCACGGGGCGGCGCUGACAUACCAGUUACAAUGGUGCCAUGACCCGGAUCGGCAGCGAAGGUUUCGGGGGGUGAGUGUAACGGGUACACACAGGCCCGCGUGUGUGAGGCGGUGAGUGGAAAACCUUCCCUCCGAUGCCUUCAUGUAGGGACGCUAACGGCUGUGCCGUUGGCUCGGGCUUUAUUGGCCCAGUGGUUCACGUCCUUACGUGCCGAGUGGAAGCGUCGUGGCGCGCGGGUACGCGUCCCGGCCUGAUCAGAGGUGGGAGCGGAUCACGGGGCGGCGCUGACAUACCGGUUACAAUGGUGCCGUGACCCCGAUCGGCAGCGAAGGUUUCAGGGGGUAAGGGUAACGGGUACACGUCGGUCCGUAGCGGCGUGUGGGAACCUCCCUUCCGAUUCCUUCAUGUAGGGACGCUGACGGCUGCGCCGUGGGCUCGAGCUUUAUUGCCGCAGUGGUUAACGCCCCUACCUGCCGAGUGUCCCGGCCUGAUCAGAGGUGGGAGCGGAACGCGGGGCGGCGCUGACACACCAGUUACACCUAGUUCCUGUAACAAUUAGCCUCUCCAGUAGUUAAAGAAACUAUCCUUCACCAUCAUCAAUCGGCCAUUAUGUUCGCACAUGAGCACUGCGCCUCAUACGAAAUGCGGUGACGUUGUAGUCUGCGCCAGUGACGCAUUAUUUACUCGCCACACCUACCUCUGGCAAAAUCACAAAAACUAAGCUGAACAGAAAACAACAAAAUGGAGAUCAUCAAGGAUAGAGAGGCAAUUCUUGCAUGUUUGAAGGGGAUAAUUUCCAUCGGCUAGCAAAUACCGUAUUGGCCCGAAUAUAAGACGGUGUUUUUUGCAUUGAAAUAAGACUGAAAAAGUGGGGGUCGUCUUAUAUUAUACCCAUUCACGACGCUAGAUGGCACCAGAUAUCAUUGAAGCGAAUGCUUCUCUCAAGUUUAACCAGUUUGUAUUAUUUUAUUGCAAAGUUUUUCCUUAUUCAGAUUUGUUUCAAGACUACAGUUAGACUUCACUUUGAUGGUUAAUGCAGCGAUUGCAAUUUUGUUGUUUUAUCACAAUAGAUUGGUUUAUUUACAUUUCAAAAACCAGAAGCCAUUCAUUUACGAAUGUGAUUGCGCUUGUUUACAUAUUAAAAUGUUCAGAUAUUAAGAUUUGAAUGAGGCAAUUUAACAUGCUUUUUUUACCAAAUGUAUUGUUAGAAUCAUUUGUUUCAGAUGUACUGUAAUUAUUUUCUGUAUAAAAAUUUGGUGUUCAAAAAGUCUUUUUUUCAAACUUGAGUCUUGAAAAAGAGGGCGUAGUCUUAUAAUCAGGGCCGUCUUAUAUUCGGGCCAAUAUGGUACGUCUAAUGACGAGACUGGAAGAGCACAGAUUUAGUACAGGUUAGUUUCUUUCUCGAGACACACUAGUAUGGAAGGGGCGUAGCUGCCGAAUCAUCAGUCACCUGGGUAAUCAAGUUUCUAUGGCUUCACUGAAAGGCCCUACCUCAGAAUAGGAACUAAAAUGCUUCUCGGAACUCGAGUUCCUGGUCCCUAGUUCCCACAUGUCUUAACAAGCAAAAUAACGUCCCCGAAAAGGUUCUAGGAAGUGCGGAUAGUUCCUACAGUGCAAAAGCGGCUAUUUUCACCAGAUUCCAAUCCUUUGAAAAUCAUGUGAUUGGGCACAAUUUCUGAUCAAAUGACCGGAACAGCGACAUCUCUACUCGGAACAUACAUCCCCUUAUUGAUCUGAUACGCAUGCGUGUCACUUUAAGACAGACAAUGAAAACGGCUUUCUAAACAGCCACACAUAAAGAUCGGAUUCUUGCACUGAGACCUACGGUCUGAACUAGGGCUGCACCUAUCG